UUAACGUCUUGUGUUUAUGUUGGUGGGUUUUACACUAACACUAUUCUGCUAGGGUGUCACGUGUUUCUACCUUUUUGGUUUUUGGGGUUUGAGCCCCUCUAAGCUCUGCUUCUCAGCUCUGUCAACUGUGAACAAUUCCCGUUAACCCCUCUUUAUUUCUUCAAUCAAAACUCAAACUUUCCUCUUCUUUGAGCUGAAGAAUCCAGAUCAUGGAAGGAUCAGAGAUUUCCCAUCACAACAGAUCUUGGGUUGAAGACAUUUAUUGGAACCAUUUUCAGUUCCUCCAUUUCGCAAAGUUUAUGCCCAGCUCUUAUAAUCAGCAUCUUGCACUUCCCAAAGCAUUUUAUGGUAAUUUGAAGAAGAAGCUGCCAGAAAAUGUGAGCCUUCGAGGUCCUGGUGGUGCCCUGUGGAAUAUAGGGUUGACAACAAGAGAAGAUACCUUGUACUUCACACACGGUUGGAAACAGUUUGUGAAAGAUCACUCCUUGAUAGAGAAUGAUUUCCUGGUAUUUAAGUUCAAUGGUGAAUCAACAUUCGAUGUUCUAAUAUUCGAUGGGAAGAACUUCUGCGAGAAGGCUGCUGCUUAUUUCGUUCGAAAUGUCGGAAACGGGAAUCCAGAAAAUGGGAUUGGACGCUUGACAAUGAGAAAAGACACUGAGAACUCUAAUGCUGGUGUAGAAUGUGCAUCGCCUCAGAAAUCUGUGCAUGUUAACAGUUUCCCAGUGCCAGACGCUGUGCCUGUACGCACCGAACCUCCUAGUGAAAGAAAUUUUAAUGGCGAUGUUGAAUUCUCCACCCCUAAAGAAGUUGUUAAUGUAGAUGGUGAUGCCGGUGUUGAAGUUGAUGCUAACGGAGUGACGAUGUCAGAAGGUCGCACCCGCACUACUGGUAAAAGGAUUAGGAAGCCGACUCAAGCUUUUAACCAUUUCCAAACUAAGCGGAGACCAGUAAGGGUGACAAAAACAUCUAAUGCACAUAAGGAAGUAGCAAACGUGGUAAUCGAUGCAGAUGCAGAUGCAGAUCCUGAACCUGUUUCUGCGGGUAAAAGUGAGGGUGGGAAUUAUGAAUUAUAUGUCUCACAGAGGAGGCCUGUCACUGAAGAAGAGAUGAAUAGUACCCUUCAGAUGGCUAAGGCAGCAUGUACCGAUGACAGCCUCUGUGUUGUCAUGCGACCAACGCAUGUUUAUAAGAGAUUCUUCGUGUCGCUCCCGAAUAAGUGGAUACUGCAACAUAUCCCUCCACGAACUCAAGACAUUAUAUUGCGUGUGGUUCAUAGCGAAUGGCUUGCAAAAUACAGCUACCAUAACCCUAGAAACACCGGAGGACUGAGCGGAGGGUGGAAACGCUUUACCCUGGAUAACAACCUGGAAGAGUACGACGUGUGUGUUUUCAAACCCGGAGGCCUGAUGAACAACACAUUGAUCUUGGAUGUCAACAUUUUCAGAGUUGUUGAGGAGAUUAAGCCUUUGACACAAGUGAGAGCUGCAGGAUCAGCCAAAAAGAGUGGUAAGAAAAAGGCCUUAAAGGCCAUCCAAAUAUAAUAGAACCUCUUGUUAUCCCAUCUUUGUGGAUAUUUCAUGUUGUCUUGAAUUAGUGUAAUUUGUUGUUGGAAGUGUAAUGUACCUUAAAACAGGUCAGAACUUAGUAGUCUUAUGGGAGAGACUUAGUUCCUCAUGAUGUGUGUAUUGUAUGCUAUUCUCGGAUUGUGUUAACUUCUAUGUGUCUUCUAAUGGUAAUUUAGUGUUAAUCCUCUCUA